CAAUACAUAUUAAAAAUUUUAAUCUUCAUCAUUCCUCUAAUUUUAUUCACCCAGAUAGGCUUUUGCGUCUCGUCACCAAUUUCUCUUAAACUAAGUCAAUAUGGACUAAUCUUCACGCAAAUGUCUUAUGUAACAAUAUUCAGGUGGAGCUUUCAGAGUGGUACACGUUUUUUCUAGGCCGUCUUUGCUUCGUUCAUUCAUAUAUACAAAAUUAACGGAAUUGAAGACACCAUGAGUAACUUUCCACUUUGGAACAUCGACACAGCUGGCGAACAAAUCAAAAACAAAAUCAAAAACGAAACGAAAAUGAUCAAAACUUUUGUAAUCGUGGUGUUGUUAACAGGUUUGCUAUGGGACAAUCUAGUUAUAUAUUCUUCGUUAGGCGUUGUUCUGUCCAGAAAUUUUCUUCUACAUACAUGUGACUACAUUUUUUCCGUUUUAAGAUUAACAUCUCACGUGGCUUUUUUUACUAUAAUGGCCCACCCAUUUCAAGUCCUUUAUGUAAGUCAACAUUUGAAAUUUCAGAUGUAUUUGUUCAACAAGUACAUCGAGGACGUUUGUUUUAUGGAUGGAAAAGAAAACGAAGAAGAUUUAGUGGAUGAUCAAGAAUACCAAGAAGAAAUUAAACUUAGACUGCGGCUAGUGGUCAGAAGACACUGUGAAUUUAAAAGAUUACGAAUUCAGUGUCUCCAAACUAUGGGCAACCUUAUAAUACCGUUUAGUGUAGCGCUUAGAAGGGUCAGAGACCAUUGUUAUAUGCUACAACGCAAUCUUUACUUUUAUGACUAUGUCUGGAUUCGUUAUUAUGAUCACAACAUGCGAAACUUUACAAGACGAAUCUGAGAAUACAUUCACAACUCUCGUGAUGACAAAAUGGUAUAAUUUUAACAACGAAAAUCGAAAAAUGUUUCUGUUGCUGUUGUGUAACAAUAUUAAACCCAUAAGCAUUGACUUCUCCAGAGAAAUUACUGUAAACUAUCGUCUAUACGUUUUAUUUGUAGAUUGGCAAAGCUGUAUACACAGCAGUUUCAUUUUUUUUUUAACUACGUAUAAAGAUUUCCUGAUAUUGUAACAAAAAAAAAAUGUAACCAAACUGUUAUUAGUGCGUUCAUUAAGCGUGUUACAUGUAGUGUAUGCUAUCACAAAAGCUGUGCUAAAAUUUUUAAGAUCUAUAAUUGUUAACCUCAAGUUUUACACCUUUCUUAAAUAUGGGAGUGACUGAGGCUAUAUUCCAAACAUCUGGUAAACAACCCUAAAGAUUUUCCGGCGUAUAUUCCAAAGUCCAUUUUAAUUGUUUUUCUUGCACUCUCUCUCUUUCUUCAUAUUCCCUCCAUCCCCAAAUCUCCGUACAUAAGUACACUUUUGAUCAAACUAUUAAACAUCAUCAUUCUUCUCUUAUAAUCAUGUCCAAAUUUUCUCUUUCCUAUUCUAUGCGCUCUAUCUGAGUUAUUGCGCUUUAAUGUAUAUCCUAAGUACUGGAAUUCUUUCAUCUGUUAGUAGUAGUAGUAGUAGUAGUAAGUGUUUAUUUUUUACCCUACGUGCUUAA